GAAAAAAUCGGAUAUAUCGGUGAGUUGACUUGCCUGGCCUCCGAUACAUCGGUUCGGGAAGGGUUUCUCGCCAAGCUGUGGAGGCGAUUCGUCAAUGGCGACGCAGGGUCUGGGGGCGAGGAGGCCGGCGCCUUCCGAUUCGACCCUCGAUCGCCCCAAUUCUAGAAUCCCAAAGGAGGAUUCGCUCUCUAUCUACGAUUGACGAGAAAAAGAGUAUUUGAGCAUUGGAGGUUUUGGGGAAGAAGGUAUUGGAGGAAAGAAGUUUGGCUUUUAACUUGUUCUAAACAGUUUAGCGACUGGUUCAGCAAUGCGGCAAAAGGAUCUAGGUUGGCAAUAUUGCUCACGGAUAUCUGAAACAGAUAGAUCAUUUGUGCGUUGCAAUUUCUGCCAGAGAGAAAUACAUGGAGGGAUAAGUCGUUUUAAGCAGCACAUUGCAAAGCUUAAGGGUGAAUGUAAAGGUUGCACAAGGGUUCCUGCUGCUGUCAGCAGAGAAAUGAGAGAAUAUAUAGCUGGAAAAAAGUUAGAGAGGCAGCAGAAACAAGAAUCAUCAGAGAAGGCUUUUGAUAAUGGUAACCUGGAAAUGGUUUUGAAAGAUGAUGGUGAUGACAUAGGGAUGGAGGUAGCCAAGUUACCAGGGGCUCCAGGUUUUGAAGAGGAUAUUGCAACUAGGGCAGAGCGUGGGAAAGCAUCAAUAGGUGAUGAUGGUGCAUCAACUUUGGUUGCAUUGCGUACUCGGCCAGCUUUAGGUUCUUCUUUGCGGGCACCAUUAAAUGGUUCACUUUCUUUAGAUCCAGUCAUUCAGAAAUCCUCCAAGCAAAAACAGAAGGCCUCUUCAGUCAAAGAUGCAAGGAAAAUGGUGUGUAAAGCCAUUUCCAAGUUUUUCUACCAUGCUGCCAUUCCUUUUCACUCAGCACAUAGCCCAUAUUUCCAGCCUAUGUUUGAUGCUAUUGCACAGUACGGUUCUGGAGUUAAACCUCCAUCUCCAUAUGAGAUUGGUGGGCCCCUUUUAGAUGAGGAAGUUGAAACUAGUAAAAGUUACAUUUCAGAGCUUAAAUUAUCAUGGAAUACAACAGGGUGUUCAAUAAUGGUGGAUGGGUGGACAGAUAAUAAUGGAAGAACACUGAUUAAUUUUCUAGCUUAUUGUCCCAAAGGAACUGUUUUUGUAAGGUCUGUGGAUGCUUCCCAUAUAAUCAAUGAUCCACAGUUGCUGUUUGAAUUGCUUAGUGAUGUUGUUGAGGAGGUUGGAGAGAAAAAUGUGGUUCAAGUCAUCACUGAAAAUUCUGCCAAUUUCUCACUUGCCGGGUCAAUGCUGAUGGAAAAGAGGAAAAACCUAUUUUGGACCCCUUGUGCUGCAUAUUGCAUAGAUCAAAUACUUAAGGAAAUUUCAACCAUGAGAUCUGUCUCUGAUGCUUUAAAGAAGGGUAAGAGAAUAACAAAAUUCAUUUAUAAUCAUGCUUGGGUAUUAAGCGUGAUGCGAAGAUUUACAGAGGGUAGAGAGCUCAUUCGACCUGCUGUAACAAGAUCUGCUGCUAGUUUUUUGACGUUGGAAAGUAUAAGUGCAGCAAGAUCAGCAUUGUUCCAAAUGUUUGCUUCUGAUGAAUGGAAACAGUCAAGCUUCGCAAAAUUAAAAGAAGGGAAGCAAGUUGAAAGACUGGUGGCAACUCCGAAGUUUUGGAGUAAAGUGGACUAUGCAGUUCGGUGUACAUCACCUCUUGUUAAAGCUCUGAGACUGAUAGAUGCUGAUGAUAAGCCUACAAUGGCCUAUAUAUAUGAUGCUAUUGAUCGUGCAAAGCUUGCAAUUAGAGAUGCAAAUGGUGGUAGAUAUUACAAAUCUAUAUGGAGAAUUAUUGAUGAUAAAUGGGGGCCUCUACUUCAUCAUCCCCUUCAUGCUGCAGGAUAUUAUCUAAACCCUGCAAUCCGCUAUGAUCAAGACUUCUCAAGACACCCUGACAUUGUACGAAGUUUGCACUUAUGCAUUCAAAGAUUACAACCUAACCAGGAUGCACAGUUAGAAGCAGUGAAUCAGGCUGCCAGCAAGUACUCAAAAGCUUUAGGAGACUUUGGGAGUGAUUUGGCUAUUAGAAGUAGGAAAAAAAUGGAUCCAGCUAUUUGGUGGGAAACCUACAGCAUGGACUGUCCUGAGUUGCGAGACAUUGCUAUAAAGGUCCUCAGCCAAACCUGCCUAUCAUCUGGUUGUGAGUGGAAACGUAGCAUGUUCGAUUUGGUCCAUACAAAAAGGAGGAACAGGCUUACAACAACUAAACUGGACAAAUUAGUUUAUGUGCAUUACAAUUUGAGGCUGCGAGCAAGGCAGUUUGACAGAGAUGCUAAAUACUAUAAUCCCAUCAAUUUAGAUUAUAUAUUUCAUGAAGAUCCUACUGAAGAAUGGUUAGUUGAAGGGGAGACUUCAAUGUUUUCGCAUGAACAAUCACAUGUACUCAGCAUAGUUGAUCGGCCUGGAUCUGGUCAUGGCACACAUAUGGACAUGAAUGAUGAAGAUGAGUAUAUAUGCUCUGGUGAUGAUGAUGAUGGCAGUGAUGAUGAAGAUGGUGGAAACAAGGACGAACCCUAUGAGGUGCAACCUGCUGGAGACAUGGAUGAGGGAUAUUACCAGCCUCCUUAUGAUUAUGAAUUGGGAGAUAUGAAUUUACCUCGUCAACCCACGUGGUUUGACUGACAUGUAUCAUGUUUCAGCUGUAUAAUUUAUUAGUGCAGUUAUGAGAGUGUGAUUUUGAAAUGUAUUAUUGGUAUAUUUGUGCUUUAGCACAUAUUUGUUUAUAAUAGCUUAAGGGCGUUCUUCUCCUUUA